UGGCAUCUAAUGUUACUGUCAUUGAUUAAGUCAUUUAGUUGAUUGUUGGAAUGCUAUAGUUGUUGAACUAUGACGGUAAAUCUUUAUACAAUCAGCUCUUAGGAACCAUGACCAGUAGAUUAGUUAUACAGUUAUAUAGCAUUGUUUAGUUUCAAUCAAUUGAAUUGAAACCAAGUACUCUCUCUCUCUCUCUCUCUCUCAUCUUUACAAAUUUCAUAUACUCCCCAAUGGAACCACAAAGAGAGAAACCAUGUCCUUCCAAGUCCUCAAGCACCACCUCUACACCAGAGGCUCCUCCAUGUCCAGACACUUCAAUGGAGAACACACAAGAAGAAAGAACAGUAGUAGUAGAAGAAGAAGAAGAUGGAGAACUAGAGAAGAUGAUUGAUCUCAAGCUCUCUUGUAAGGACUCCAAUGAUAUGUUCAAACCAGAACUCAAUCUUAUUGAUUGUUUGAACAUGGAUUCAACUCGAACUUCAUCAGCAAAUCCCCAAAAACCGGAGGCCGAGCCAAGGGUUUUCUCAUGCACCUAUUGCAGAAGAAAGUUCUUUAGUUCACAAGCACUUGGAGGACACCAAAAUGCACACAAAAGAGAGAGGACUUUAGCUAAAAGAGGACUUAAAAUAUGGUCACCUGUACCACCUCAUGGGCACUCUUAUUGGCACCAUGAUCAGCAUGACCAUUAUUCUAGCUUGGCUUCUCUUCCCCUUCAUGGUGCUUAUAAUUAUAAUUCUAGGGCUCUUGGAAUACAGGCUCAUUCGAUGAUCCAUAAGGCUUCUAACAUGCCAAGUUCUUCAGGAUUUAGGAGUUUGUAUGGACAUGGUGGAUGGUCAAGGCUUCCUAUUGAUCAACAACCAGCUGUUGGGAAGCUAGCCACACAGAAUCACCAUGCAAAUCCAUCAUCAUCAACUGGACUUUCCUCAUCUCGAGGUGGCGUUGGAAGAUUUGACGCGGUGAGGAUGAUGAUGACUGGUUCUCCCGCCGAUGAGGUAAUUGGUGGUUAUUGGUGGGCAGGUGGUGGCAACAGCCGGUUGAAGACCAAUCAAGAUGAGAUGCAAAAGCUUGACUUGUCCCUCAAGCUCUAAGUACCUCUUUUUUUUUCUUUUUUUUUUUAAACAAUCUCAUUUUAAAGCUUUGAUCUUUCCCUUGGUUGAGUUGACGAUUAGGUAUAGUUUUUUUCUUUGAAAGUAAUUUUGUUGUUUAUUUAUCAUAGGGAAGUCUAGAAAUUUGGUUUCUUUGUUCUAGACUUGGAACUGUUUAGUUCAUACAUGUAUAUAUGUUCAAUUUUUUGGUAUUAUUUUGUACUCAUAUUAGAUGAUUGCUUAAGAUGGUUUAGUCCUCCGUGCCUCUAAAUGUAUAAAGGUGAUACUAAAUGUUGUAGCUGUACUUCUGUCUCUGAAUUUAAAGGUAGAGUCGAAAACAUUGUAAGGAAUAUUGGCUCCGGAUCCUCAAUCCCCAAAA